AUGAUGAUUGGCGAGUUGCCUUCAACAUUUGUCGCUAAAUUGGCACCCAGCACUUCAGAUGGCAAGUUUCAAUUACUUCAAAUUUUAAUUUUCUUCUCAAGGAAUUUUUAUCUAAAGGUUUUUCGGAUUUUUGUAGAGGAAUCAAUUGAUAUGGAAAGAUGGGCUCCAGUCGGUGAAUCUUCGGAUGAGUUGCAAGCUGUACAGUUAGAUGAAGAAACCCGUUUUCGGGAACUUGAAGAGGAGCAGGAACGUCUGAACAGUUCACUCCUAUCUUUAUCAACACAUUUUGCACAAGUACAAUUUCGUCUGAAACAGAUCAGUAAGGCAGAUGCAUCUGAAAGAGAUCGAUUGCUGAAAGAACUGGAAGAUUUUGCUUUCCGGGGUUGCACCGAUUUGAGAUUAGAAAAACAAAAGUGCUCGCCGGUGAUAGAUAAUGGUAAAAGAUGUGAUGUAGAUCAGCAAAAGGAACGACAAAAGAUACUCAUCGCUCAUUUAAAACAGCAACUAGAAGAUUUGGAAAAGUAUGCUUAUGAAAGCGGUGGCGGCGAUCUUCCAAGUGCCGAAGUCAUGGCUAGGCAGAAAGCAGUUAUCGACAAACUUCAUGAAAAAGUACAAUUAGAUCUAGAACUGGAUAGAAUGUCCCAAAGUGAUUUGCAAAAAAAAGUUGAUGAAGCGUUGAAAAAGCUUGUGAACCCAAUUAAAGCGAAAGAGCAAUUAGUGGAACAGCUGCAAGCGCAGAUUGUCGAUCUUGAACGAUUUAUUGGUUUUCUGCAAACGGAAGCCAGCGAGCGUCUACCUAAUGCAAUUGCCUCGCUGCCCGUUGUACCGGCGAAGAAGAGUUCAUUCAUGAAUUUAAUCAAAUUUAACCAGAAAUUCGAGCGUAAUCAGCUGAAGCAAACACUACAAGGAAGUCAUUAUGGUGAUGAGCGAGCACGGAUAGAAUUAGCAGUUGAUGCUACAACUCAAGUGAUGGAGAAAUAUCUUCUGCUUUCGGUGGAUACAGACACGUCUCAUGCUGAGUCGUUUAGUAAAUCAUAUGAUGAGGUUUUCAAACGUAGCGAAGAAGAAAUAGUUGCCGUCAUUAGAAAGCAAUUAUGUCCUGCUAUACGUGAUCUUUUGGAACAUGGUAUGAAUAACGUUGUCAAGCAUUUUGUUCAUUUCACAUCUUUGGGCUGCUAUCCUGGAAGUUCGCGCGCUGCAAAAAGUAAUAAUGCGCGGAAGUUGGAACACGUUUGGGAUGUUGUGAUGUAUUAUUAUGAUUCGAAAUUCGGUAGUAAAUACUGCGAUGCACCCAUUCGGCGCCUUUCACAAAGUUAUCAACUCGAUGUGAUUGCAGGUCGAAGUGUGACAUCAAAGCAGCUUUUACUGUCAACCAUCGAAAAUAUUACUUCAACUCACAGUCGGCUGAAACGUUCGUCCGAUGCAAUGUGGAAGGCUCUAGUGUCUGCGGCACUGAAUGAGAGAAAGUUGCCAGCAUGGAUACAGACAAUUUUCUGCGAUGAGAUUGUUGAGCAGUGUUUUACACCGUGGUCUUAUGUAGCUAGAACAGGCUGUAAGGACACUUACCAGUUGCUGGAACGUCUUCAUAAAUAUAAUUUUCAUCUACCAGUGGAUUUGGCCGUGCGUCCCUUUCAUCAAAUGAAGGAUGCAUUUUGA